UCUUAUUCCUAAAUCAACCCAGACGGCGUCUCUUUCGAUCUCUCCUCCAAACAUCUUUGGUGCUCUACUCUUUCGCCCCACAACGCACGAGGAGGAGUAAAGACUACUAGGCAGAACUAUCCUCCAACCUAAGCGACUCGAAGGGGUUUUUCUGUGAAGGAAACCUUCGAGCAAUCUUUGGAGGAGUGACAGCUGCCCAUGUCAGCGACAGCAACAUACACGGUCAGUAUGGCAGAGUUGAGAGCUGAGACUCAGCACGGAGGCAUCUGGCCCAACUACGGGAAUCCGGUACAGAUGAAUACUGGUCGGUACAACACUCAAGAGUCUUCGGUACCAGUAGGAUCGGCGGCUUCUUCACAUCUUGUACGCCCUCGCAGUCGUCAGCACACGAUGGACUAUCACAACGCACCAUACCAUCAUGGACGGCCUGCCCAGGAGGAUGGCGAUGGCUACGAUAGAUAUCCACACCCUUCGUUGAUGAACAUCCCCAGCAUCACCACCGGCAUGAAGCGCAGCUACUCCCAGGUCGACCAAACUCCCUAUACGGAAAUGGUCCAAGAUCUCCGCGAUGACUACAAGCCGGCCAUGAAUCACGACCAGAAGCUACUCUCGUUCAAGAAGGUUGGCGACAAACAUACCAUCGUCGACCACAAAGGGCGGAUUCACGAAAUCGAAAUCGAAGCUCAACUUCACGGCAUGUUCUUUCUGUCGGAGUUUCCCUCGCCUGGCGACGGCAAUGUCUUGAACGCCGAGUUGACCUGCUACCGCCGCAACCUGUUUCAAAUCAGCGGCAAUAUCUGCUUUCCUCAAAUACCGUUGUCUGUCAUGCUAGAAACGGGCGAGACCAGCCAGAUCAAGAACAUGGAAGUCACUAUCUCGGCAAUCGAAUCUGUCGACGGCCACCCUGUGCGCCUAAUCGUCAUUCCCUGGAAGACGCCCCCACCCAACUCACCAGAAGUCAACCAAGCUCCCGAUCAAGAACCUCCAUCACUUCCUCUGAUUCCCUGGUCCGAAGAGGAGGAAGACAAUGGCGGGGAUCACUACGCUAUCUAUCCUAUCGGGUGGCGUCGACUCCAAUUUAGGAUCGCAACGGCCAACAACGGUAGACGGAAGGAACUACAGCAACACUUCGUCCUACACUUGAAGCUCCAUGGAACCCUGGCGAAUGGUACGAAACUUGUGCUUUCGGAGCUUACCACUGCGCCGAUUGUUGUCCGAGGAAGAAGCCCGCGGAAUUUCCAAGCGAGAAAGGAGAUCCCGCUGUUGGGAUCUAGCGCUGGUUCAAGAGGACAGACACUCGUGGAAACCGGUCACUCAAUUGUUGCGCAAGCUGUCGCGCUUAACAAGCCUCCUUAUGAUUCGAGACCCCGUGUCUCGAGCAUGGAUUUGCCCAGAACAGCGUUCACGUUCACGUCUGCGAAGCAGAUGCCCCAGAGUCCUAUGCAAAUGCGUUCGAACAGUUCUUACCCUACAAGUUGGAACCCAUCUAGUCAGGUGUCGAUGCCACACAACCCAGGAUCGACCUCUUACCCGACAACAUCGAUGGCCGGCCCCGAGCCCUAUCCUAAAAUGCCCCUUUCUGGAGCGCCCAGCUACACGGCCGAGCCCCAAGAGAUGCCUAUCCAGCAGACCUCCAUGCCUUCUAUGCAACUCUCUAUGGUAGCCCAAGACCAACAACCGUCGGCCCCCAUCCGAACACAAUACGCAACUUACGCAUCGGCACCUCCGCCGCAUCUUUCGCUGCCGAGCACAGCGGACAGCUCGCUUAACGUGCCGCGCUAUGUGGACAGCAAUCCCCGUCCUUCAAAGAGCCCUCGCCACGGUAGCCAUGGCUCACUCACUAACGAGACGGCCUCGGGCGAGUAUCGCUAUGGCCCCCCUUCGUACCUUGGCAACAGCUCAAGUGAUAUAAGUCCCCAAUCGCAACAUCAUCCGCCUACGUCAGGUGCAGGAGCAGGCGGGGCGUCGUCGGGCGCUUACGGAACACCAUCUCAAGAAGGAGGUGCCUCUGCCCCAGCGUCUGCGCCUACGAGUGCGGCUCCGCCGCGGGAUUACUUCCCCUCAUCUCAGUCCUGGACCAGCACUGCCGGUGAGGGGCAGACUUCAUCGUACACGAACGGAGGUGACAGGUCCUAUUCCUUUCCUACAGGUGUGAAAACGGAGCCGCACUCGCAGCCUUCGCACUCGGGUGCACCAGUGCCAGGCGUGUAUGGCAACAACCACUAUGCAUGGAACGCCACGUAAAAAGAGGAAACGAAGUUUGGAUCCACGACUGAAAUACCAGGCUCCUAGUUGCUUUUAGGCUGAUGAUAACGAGGAGAUUAAGGCGUCAUAAAUGGUAAUUGUUGCUUGGAAAUCAAGGCUCAAAAAGGGGCGUGCGGUCAAACAGUGGUGGAUAUUGGUGUCUCAAUCCCAUUCAUGAUGGGCUAAUCAACGACACU